AUGGCAGUGGCUGCAAGAAAUGACGUUGAGACACUCUUCAAGAGUGAAGCCUAUGCUUCCUCGUUCAAGCGUGGGGAGAUAGUUACUCGCACAUUUGCGGAACUACUGGUGGACCAGAGCAAAGUGUGCGCGGAGUCGAAGGCGAACCCAGACCAACCCCUUGUGAUCCUCGACAAUGCAUGCGGUACUGGCGUCAUCUCCAGUAUCCUCAAUGACAAAGUCGAUGGCAUUGUCAAGAAGAAGUGGAAACUGACCUGUGGCGACAUCUCGCCAGCAGUACUCGCAUACACUGAGCACCGCAUGCAGCAAGAGGGCUGGGAGAACGCGGAGACCAAGCUUGUGGAUGCACAAAAGCCUGACCUCCCCAGCGAUUAUUAUUCGCAUAUUUUCAGUUCCUUUGUCUACAUGGCACUUCCGGAAUCUCUGAAAGCUCUGGAUGAAACCGUCCGAAUGCUCCAGCCCGGUGGAACCAUUGCCUUCUCAACCUGGAUGCUGCCUGGCUCUGUUUCCAUCGCGCGAGGGGCAAUUGAAAGCAUGCCAGGCAAUCUGCCUUUCCCUGAAGUCGAAAAGAUGGUCUCUGUCAUGACGGAUGGGCAUUGGCACUCGAAGCCGUGGAUCGAGUCCCAGCUCGAAGAGCGUGGGUUUCAGGAGAUCGAUGUCUGUGUCAGAAGAGACAAGCUGACUCUCACGCCUUCUAUUUUUCUGGAGAUGACUAUGCUGGUCUUGCCCAUCAUGGUAAUGUCAUUCUGGACUGAGGAGCAGCGAAAGGAAAACGCGGACAAGGUCCGUCCGGCACUGGAAAGAUACUUGGAAGAUACUUUUGGAGACGAUGACAUCGAGACAGAAUGGGUGGCCAUUCUGUCUACUGCGCGGAAGUCUCGCUAG